AUGUUCACAAAGCGAACUCCUAGAACUAUCAUGAACUGGGAUCUUUUCGCUUCGUUUGUCGGCUUUUGGGAAGAUACCGUCACGGACAACAUCGGCGACGAAUAUGAACGGCUUGUAGAACAUCUUAACGACUGUACGAGAAAGCGAAGGCGUGGAGCUGCACGAGCUGCAGGCAACCAUGAAUUCACGUCCAAGCUCGCAAGGCGUUGCAGAGAGGCGAUAAAAGAAGACUUCAAAGAGAGAAGAGCAGACUGA